AUGUCUGUCGUAACAAUUCAAGAAGACAAGCAAUUUGUCCAGACCUAUAUCCAGCUCAUUGGACUUUCAGAGAAUGCUCCGCUAGACAAGUUCAAUUCCACUACAGACUAUAACAAACUAGAAUCGUUGGGUCCAAGUUUACCACGAUUCAAGGUUCCAUUUCCAGUCGCUAGCAGUGGAGCAAUCUCAGAACAGACCAUUUCUUUAAAGUUCAAGUCAAUCAAGCCUCCUUUCAGAUUCACUGUAGAUAGUUCGGCUGUUCCAACAUCUUCUACUAUAUUUAAGAUCAAGACUGAUUUAAUCGAAUCUGUUCCUAUAUUGAAGGAAGCUGGUGUGACACCUGCCAACUUGAAGUUGAUGUUGAAAUCUAAAGUUGUGCACGACUCGUCCGCUCUUUCAUCAUUGCCUAAUGUAGAAUCUGAAGUUACUUUCAAUGUCAUGGUGUCAGCUCCAGACGCUUCAAAGACUGUACCUGUUGCUGAACCCGUAACUGCACCUGUAGUUGAGACUGUUGCAGACACGAAAGAGAUAAAUCCAUUGCAGAUCACAGAGUCCACUUGGAACAAGAUAUCUGAUAUUCUCAAGGAAGAUCUUGGAGAAGAAAGAGGAGGGCAAGCAUUGGACAAGCUCAAGACCAACUGGAAGUAG